AUGGCGGUCGGAGAAGGAGGACGCGGUCUAARUAACGGUGUACAAGAACUGAUAAACACUACAACAGCACUAGGAAGUAAAACCAUUGACUUAAGUAGAAAAAAACUAACAGAAAUACCGUCUGAAGUUCUUGAUUUGGAGCAUCUUGAGUUUUUGUAUCUAGAGGGGAAUUAUAUUACUGAAAUACCACACUAUUUAUUUGAAAAACUACCAAGUUUAAAAUGGUUAGACCUAAGAAACAAUCGCAUUACUGAAAUUCCUGCAGCAAUAGGAUCCCACAAGGCACUGAGGAACUUAUUGUUAGAAGGAAAUGACAUCAAAGAAYUGCCUUUAGAAUUAGGUUUUGCCAAAUUAAGCGGUUURAAUAUUGCAUCCAACCCCCUGGAGAUGCCACCAUCAAGCRUUAUUGAGAAGGGRACACAGAAUUUUGUUUUGUAG